AUGGCUUCAUUCACACGAGCUAGAUCACGCAUAAUUGUGGAUGAUGAUAUAAACAGUUAUUGUACCGGUUAUUACGAACACGUGAUAAAAGUGGAUCUGAAGCCUACACCAACGGCAGAGGAAGCCCAAGGAACAGGCAUCACGAGCAUCAAGUACCAGGUGACCCUUGCUGCGGCAAAGGAGCUCGGCCUGCUCGACCAAGAAUACAACAGGCUCAAGGAAGAGCACGACCAACUACAGUACUACACCUACGGGUGCGAUGAUGCCAUGGGAGACUUGGAUCGUGCCACCAGAGCAUUGGAGAGAUUCAUGCAGUACGAUAUAGCUCCUUUAGUCGGCAGGAAGUUGUCAAACAAGGUGUACUUGUUAGUGGUUGAUAACCUCCAGUGGCCUAUUGAGCUUGGGAGUUUAGUACGUGAUUGUAGGCUUCCUCCACCCUCGUGGACAUAUUCUAAAUGGUUCAUCUCACCCACUUCCCAGGAUGCCUACAAUGCGAGCAAGUCGGAAGACGAUGGAGUCUGCGAAUCCAUGUACAGAGAUGUACAAGUUGUGUUUCUUACCAUCACUGCACUGAGCCAGUCAGCUGAGCACAUACGACUCAACAUGAUUAGUCAAGAAAGCAUAGAGUACUGGCAUGUCAUAGCCCUCAAUUGCUUCCACUACGCCAUGGCGAUCUUUGCCAAACAUUCUCAAGUGGCGGCUGUUACCUCGGAUGAGCUCAUCCACCAGUGGGCCACCCUCCUGCCACGUAUGAUAGACAGCAACAGCAUCAGCAGCAAGUGUUCCUAUAUGCAUCAAGUUGGAAGGGUCAUCCUUGAAGCAUUUCAGAAAUACUCUUUGUUGGAGCUACCUUUUUCUCCUGCUUCUGAAGCUCGUGAAACCACCAAUACUGCUGCACAGUUCUUAGCAUGCCGUGGCCUCAUUGCAGAAGGCAUCGCAAUAGAUGAAGUAUCUGAUAACAAGAAGAAAUGGAUCUCCUUUUCUGGUGACGAUGGAUGUCAUGUAAGCAGGGAAUGGUUGUUGAGCAAGGAGGAAGAAAAUAUUGGAACCACUGCGCUUAUUCUAAGAGGAUGCUCGCAACAAUCACUCAUACUUUCCAAACUGAACCAUUUCUUGCCCAAACUCUGCUUUCUUCGUGUCCUUGAUCUCUCCUACGCUCCAAUAAAAUCACUCCCUUCAUCCAUCCAUUAUCUCAAGAACCUUCGGUUGCUCUCACUGAGAGGCUGCCAUGAUCUAAAAAUUCUUUCUAGUUCCUCUAGAACUAGUGUCACAGACUCAACAAAAAGUACCAGUUCACCAUUGUCCACUCUAUACCAGAUUGAAAUCCUUGAUUUGAAUGGAGUUCCUUUAUCUCAUCUGACGCAAGAUGUGGCCAACCAAAAAACAAAUUUGAUACACCUUGACAUGUCCCAUUCAGAAAUAACUACUUUUCCUUCCAAAUUUUUCCAGGACAUGUCAAAUCUUGAAGACCUUAUUCUUGUAAACUGCUCAAACCUUGUGGAGAUACCUCCUUCCAUGGCUGCGCUAUCCAGCCUAACAACCCUUGAGAUCACAGGCACUCAAAUAAAAUACUUCCCAUGGAAGAUAUUUGAAGAAAUGCAGAAGCUUCAGUUGCUUAAGCUUAUUGACAACAAUAACUUAAUUUCACUCACAAGGCCAAUCUCUAGGGUCCAUGAAUUCAAAUUGGAAGGGCAUCCUAACCUUAAAUCCUUCUCACUGAUUGGCUCACCUCAUAUUCAGCUCCUGUCUUUGCGCGGAUGCAGAAAACUCAAGUCUAUCGAGUUCAAGAAUCUUGGUAAUUUAGAGGAGCUUGAUUUGUCUGGUACAUCUAUCGAUGAGAUCCCUGCAGAUAUCCCUAAUGGUACCCAUCUUAGGAGAUUGCUACUAUUAGGGGUUCCUUCUCUGUUGCGAUUUCCCUGGAAUAUGCUAGAGCGACUUCCAGAGGUGUUUUACUUGGAUCAGUGCAGAGAAGGAAAGGGUAAUCACUCUGAUCAAGGUUUACAAUUGUGUGUUAGUGACCCCAGGUUCUUCUAUAGCUUCAGAAAAUCCUGUGUGGAUUCUGUAAGAGAUGGGCGAUUUUUCCAAUCUUUCUAUGUCCGAGUUGCACCAUGUAGUGCAAAUAACAUGGGACUACAGCAUGAAGAAGGCAUGGUUGAUGACAAGUUGCAGGAGUUGGUGCAGAAUCAUUCAACAUAUGUGGUUGUACAUAAUAGUUGCUAUGCAGAGGAAAUUGCAAUUGUGUCGCCAGUUACAGUCCCACUUCGCCGAACUGAGCGCCAUGUAGAGAUCACAGGGAUGCAACAACCACCUAAUGGUUUAUACAGUCUUUUGGAUGUCACCAAAUCAAUAUCAGUGACAUGUGAUACUUCUAUUGCUUGUUUUAAUUGGUACAGCAAUUUUGGCGAUUUGGAAGAAUGUGAGCUAUGCUGGUGCCAUGAAAUGGAGCGAGUUUUCGGUUACUAUUACCGUUCAUCCAGUGAAAAUCUACGAAGUGUGCAUGUUUGUAAUCUCAAAAGUCUAGUUUGGUUCUGUGAAGUACCAAGUUUUUCCUUCAGUUCACUAGAGCACCUGCACUUGGAGUACUGCCCAAGAUUGGUGGCCAUGAUGGCAGAUACAGUAACACUACCAAGUCUCAAGACACUUGACAUUCUGUUCUGCUACAACCUCAAGGAAAUUUUUGCUUAUCAAAGUCGCACAUACCAGCUCCUCCCAAACCUCCAAAGGGUACGUCUCCAGGAGCUUCCACUGCUUCAGCAAUUUAACGACAAGGACACCACCAUAAUAACAGCACCCAUGUGGAAGGAGCUCCACGUCCGUGGGUGCUGGAGCCUCCGAUGCCUCCCGCACCUACAUGAUCAGCUGAAGACGGUGAAGGUGAAUGGGGAGAGGAUCUGGUGGAGCAAGCUCCGAUGGGGCUCUCUCUCGCACCGCGACAACUACAAGCCCAAGCUUCCCCCGGAGUUUGCCUCCUUCGACGAGCGCGCUGGGGUGACCGGCUACCUCAGAUGAAUCAACCCAGAAUCAUCCACACAUAUAUUCAUCCAUCAAUUGGUAUGUUGAUUCUACUAGGUGUAUACCGUUCAGCACGAGUUCCUAAACACCUGCCUUGUUAACGGUGUUCACCAUACAGAUGCCCAUAUUCUACUCGUGUAUACCGUUCAGCACGAGUCCGUAAACACCUGCCUUGUUAACAAUGUUCACCAUACAUAUACCCAUAUUCAGUUACAAAAAUAUACAUCCAUUGCCUCCACCCUUGUGGCAUACAUCCACAAGGUACAUGUCAACUACUUACGUACCCCUUGUGUCCAUCCAGAGUAUCUAACCCCCUCCUCGACAAUGUGACAUGUGUUCCCAAAUAAAAGGGCUAGUAUCCCUGGUUUCUGUCAACCAACUGACCACUUCUUUUCCAGUGAAAUCCGGUUUAUUUUUCCUAGUUCCCAAACGUACAUCUUAUUGAAGUGUGUGUUAUUCUGCUUGCUGAUGUAUGUGUG